AUGAAAGGACUUCAGCAGUUUGUACUGACGGCAUAUAUCCUCGUGCAACCCCUGUCUUUGGCACUCACUCCAGAGUGCAGUGAGUGCCCUAAUGCUUCAUCAUCAAGAAGAGGAAGUGGAAUCUCCCUACACUCAAAACGACGGAAGUUUCUUCAAGAAGUCUUCUUAAUAGGGUCUUCUUCAAUAUUGAUUUCUCCACCCGUUGCAACGGCAGUGGAGACAGAGAAGUUGAAAGACUAUGCUUACUCCAAAACAUGGCAAGGAACAAGUUUGGAGAUACUCCAGUUGGAAAAGGCAGCGAACCUUGCAUUGACAGACGACCAAUCAUCUACAUUUCCAAUGGGUAGAUGGCCAGAUCCAAUCCUUCGUCGACCAGCAUCUCCGGUGAAUGUUUCGUCGUCUACGCAACAAACAGCUGUUCGAGCUAUUGCCAAUGCGCUGCGACGGACCGCUCGGACCUCGGGAGCCGUGGGGCUGGCGGCACAGCAAUGUGGUGUGAAUGUGCGCAUGAUCUUUGUAGACGAUCCGAAAAUAUUGGCUUCGAAAUCCAACAAGGCGCUGAAUCAAAUCAACAAUGGUGGUACCUUCCUGCUGAAUCCACGGAUUGUGGCUCGUUCCUCAGAACUGGACAUGCAAGUUUGGAAUGAAGAGUGUCUAGUCUUGCCUCCGACAUUUCGUGCAACUGUGCUGAGGGAUUCAUCUGUCAGCGUGGAACACGAAACAUUGGACGGCAAUACGAAGAUUAUUGAGCUAAGUGGGGAGUUAGCUCGAUGUUUGCAGCACGAACUAGAUCACGACCGAGGAAUAUUGAUCACAGACCAUGUUGGGCUGAACGAUCUAGAAAGUGAUGACAUGAGAAGGAUUGAACGAGAGGGCCAUGACCGGCGUCAAGCUUUGGCAUAUUCUAGAUUUGUUGCCGAGCCCACAUCUGAGAGCAGCUCCAGUAGGUCGUUGCUAGCAAAAUGGAGUGAUCGGGUUGUCCCUCCUGUGAAUGCGGCUGAUGGGGAAUCUAUGGCUGGAGUGACAAUGAAUAGAGGUAGUUUGCGACCAAUAGCGGAUGCGGCGACAAAUGAAACCGCGAGCCUAGCCUGUGACGAAGCAUGCAUGCAAGAACGGAAGAGAAUCAUUGCUGAGCGACGUGCAAUGAUGAAUCAGGCUCGAAGCAACACAAGGCGAUCUGAUGUGUUUGAACUUUCCAAACAACGAGCUGCACUCUAUGGCACGAAAUAUCAAGGGGCUUCUUGCCCUCCUAAUGUACCGUGCAUUUAG